GCCCGGCAGCGCCGGCGCGCCGGGUGUGUCGUCAGGCUGACGCAGGCGCGUGUUUGUUGGCCCCUUUCGCGGUGUCCAUUGGCCCGGCUGCGGCAGGUCCCUCCCUCCGGAAGUGCGGACAUUUCCGCUUGUGCUCGGUGGUCGCGGUUCAGGAGCUCCCACCUGGGAAGAUGGUGUGCAUUCCUUGUAUCGUCAUUCCAGUGCUGCUCUGGAUCUACAAAAAGUUCCUGGAGCCAUACAUAUACCCUCUGAUUUCCCCCUUUGUCAGUCGCAUAUGGCCUCGAAAAGCUGUGCAAGAAUCCAAUGAUGCAAGCAAAGGCAAAAUAGACUAUAAGGGGGCAGACAUAAAUGGAUUUCCAACACAAGGAUCGACAGAAAUCUCUGAUAAAAAGAAAGACUGAAGGCACUGACCCAGGGACCUCCUUGUUUUCAAAAUGGACCUGAUAAUGUGAAGCACCUUCUUUGUAAUUGUCUCUGACCUUUUUCUCUUAGACCACAACUCGGGGUGGAUGGUGUAGGUGUUUGCCUGAUACUGAUCAGGAAAUACAUGGUAUUUAUAUUUAGAAUGUAUUUAGUUAUAAUUAAUGAUCUCGUUCCCACGUUCCUUUUUCAUUUACUUAGCUUUAAUAGUAUGAAUAAAUAGGAGGAUUGCGCCAGUAGGCUUUGUUACUAAAUCAGUACCUAAACAUCCUUGGGCUUCUAGCUUCUGUUCAGGCUCUUUGAAUUUGAGUGGAGUGUAUUUUCACUAUGAAACAGUACAGUGAGACUGUGCAGGAAAGUGAAAGGGAGUGUUUGGAGGUGAUAAUGACUUGAAACAUAAAGUUGUAAUUACUGCCCAACACAGUGGAGUCCCUUAUCUGCGAGAGUAGAAAGUACAGCUCUGAAGAAGAUGGCAAAGAUAAGAAAUUGAGGAAAUCUCUUUGGGGAAAAAUGGAACAAUUUUUACAUAAAUGUCUAAUGUAUAUUAUAAAAUUCUAAUUUUUGUUGCAUUCCUUCUAUUCCUACAGAAUAUAUUAAACAUUCAGUUUAGCUUGUG